AUGCGGUGUGCUGCCAAAGCAGCCAGAAAGGCGGUUGCGCGCAUACGUGCAGCCGAAGACAGUGCUUCUCUUGCUUCAACAGCAGGUGAUCCUUCGCCUGCUGUUGUGAUUCAGCAACAGGCGGUGCCUGUUGUAAACAGUCCACGUGGUGAGUCACAACGUGCGACAGAUACAUCCGCUGCAUCUGCAGGGGAUACUGCGAAUCGCAAUGUAGAUGAGCCUGAAAUAGAGCUCACCUAUGCGGGCGAGUUAAAUGGUGCAACCGACUCGAAGGCGACACCUCACGCCUCCGGAUCAUCCGGGGCGGACACUGCUAGAGCCAGGUUGAAUGGCUCUCGGGAACGUGGCGGCAUCAUGUCCAAUACCUUUGGACCGAUCGAUUCUUCUGACAACUUAUCAUCUCACUCAAAUUCAUCCGACGAUAGGACGCGUGUUGAUGGUUGUGGUGCCCCUAUGCAUCACCACGAGAGAAGAAACCCGAGGGAUCGAGCUGCUACCGGUGCCAGUGCUCAUGCUGAUACCACUUAA